AUGAGUGAGAACGGCGGGCUGCUCACGCUCGAGCCCGAGGAAUUGAUUUUCCAGGAUGUGCACCUUAACCAGGCCUACACGCAAGUGGUCACAAUUACAAAUAAUUUGCGAGCCACGGUGGAGGCCACCGUUCGUUCUGGCAGCACAGAUCGCUUUACUGUAUCCCCAUCGAAGAUAUUUCUGAAGUCAGGCCACUCCUGCCAGCUCCAAGUCACGCUCAAGGUUCUGAAAUUUGUGCAAAAGAGGAAGGCAGCAGAGCAGGGUCAGCGGGAUGUCUUCCACAUCAAGGCUACAUACUUCGAUCAGAAGUUCCAUGCAACGUUCUUCUUGGCCCCGGAAGAAGCUGGAAUGGAGCGCAUCCCCCGUCCAAUUGGAGCGGCACUCAGAGAUCCCACCCCACCGCGAACAGACCCAAGAGGACACUCCAGAAUGCCUUCAGCCGCGCCAGCACAUACUGCUGAGCGUCAGCAGAGUGCAGAGAAUGCCAGUGCAGCGGAAGACAUGUCUCAGAUGCGUGGGUCAAUCAGCGAACCCCCACAGCGGCGCAGCUCCCGCUUCUCAGCCUGGCAGAUGGCAGACAGAGGCGCCGAGCAGCUAUUGUCUGAGCCACACCAGGACGCAGCAGCUCACAAUGCUGUCUUACACAGGUCCAGAGAGCCCACAGAGCCGCAAGGGGGGGCUGCCAUGCAAGCCAAAAGCAGCUUUCAUCAGCCAGCUAGCGGGAUAGCCAGCCCACAAGUCCAGGGGCAAGGAGGCAGCUGGAGCCAUGAGGAGGAGGAGCUGUUAGACAGGGAGGUGCAGGACGAGCUGCUGGCCACUAUAGAGGAGCAGGAGCAGGCUCUCAGGGAGAAGGAUGAGAUGCUGGAGUAUCUGCAGUCUUGCUUGAGAGCGGCCGAGAUGGAGGCAGCGCAGGCCACAGGGGCAGCCUCGCCAAUGCAGGGCCUCAUGCCGGAGCGCGAGAAUGCAGGGGAGGCUCAUCCGCAGCACAGAGAGCUGCAAGCAGCUAACGCACAGCUCGAGGGGGCGAACGCGCAGCUGCGCGGGCGGGUGCAGGAUCUGGCGGCGGAGCUGCAGGAAGCUAGGGAGGAGCUGGUGGCACUGGGGGGCCUGCAGGAACAGCUGGCGGCUGACGUGGAGGGUGAUGUGGACGUGGAUGCGCUUGUUUUGGCCGCCGUUGGGAGGGAACGCGCGGCGCAGGACGCACGCAACAGCAAGGUGCUCGAGCUGCUCAAGAGCAAGGACCAGGUGAUCGAGCGGUUUGAGGUGCGUUUUGCGGAGGCGCAGGCGGAGACGCGCCAGCUGGCGGCUGACCUGGCGGAGGCCCGGCGGCGCGCGGAGGCGGCCGAGGCGCGCGCGGCUGAACUGCUGGAGCAGCGGGCCAAAGCGCGCAGAGCGCAGGAGCGCCAGCUGACCGAGGCCGCCAACCUGCAGGCCUCGCUGCGCGCCAACACCGCCGCCCUCAAGGCUGAGUUAGAGUCAUACAAGAGGGAGGCAGCGCGCAAGAGCCCGGAGCCUCGCAGGCGCGAAGUGGGCGCCUCUGGGAGCAAGGCCAAGGGCAGCAGUGACGCGAGGGAGGCUGCUCUGAAAGCUGAGCUGAAUGUCACAUCACAAUCGCUGGCGGCCUCCAAGCAAGAGGCUGAGGCCCUCUCCGUUGGCUUGCAAAAAGCCAACGCCUUCAUCGAGGUGUCUUCCCUGCCCUGCUUGUUCCUCUUCAAGGAUCUGCAAGGCCAGUUGGCAGCCCAGCAGGAAGCGGCUGCGGCCAAAGAGAAGGAGGCAUCACAGCUGCAGGAGCAGAUCACUGAGUUGGAAGCCAUUCUUUCAGAGCCCGGCAAGGACCCAGUGCAAACGCCAUCCUCCAGAGUGAAGGAUCUGGAAGAGAAGGUUGCUGCGCUGGAGGCAAGCAAUGGCGAGUUGGAGCAGGCUCUGGUCGCUUUGCGCUCUGAGCAUGAACGCCAUGCCAGGCCCCAACAGCGUGAACACGAGGGAGGUAUGCCCGGCUGCAAGGCUCUGCAGCUGGCGCACUUUGACACGUCAUCAGCCGGCACCAUCGCGGAGCUCAGAGCUUCCAGCGCUGAGAAGAGCGCCCUGCUGGCGGCGGCCGAGGAGCGGCUUGCGCGGCUUGAGGCCCUGCACAGCAUUGCGCAGGCAUGCAGCACCACCCACUCUUGCACAACAACAUCUGGGAUAGACCACGAGACGGCCAUGUGUGGAGAGCAGCAGCUGGAGGAGAUGAGGGCUGCCCUGGUGGGCCUGGGAGAAGUAGCCCAGCUGGGCAAGGCAGAUGCACUCAGUGCCAGGGCACUGGCGGCGCGGCUGAGCGCGCGUGUCAGCGAGAUGGUCAUGUCAGAGCAGCGCGCCACUGCGGCAGCGGAGGUUGCCGCCAAAAGGCUGGCGGAGGCACAGGAUGCCCACCACACAGAGGUGGCCGCACUGCGCGAGGUGGCGCGCGCCAAGGAGAAGGCGUUCAGGGAUGCGCUGCAGCUGCAGAGCAGUGUCAAUGGCGCUGCUGUGCCAGGAGCAGAGGAAGCUUCUGCAGCAGCUGCCAUUCAGGACGCGAAGCUGGCAGAUGCUGCCUGCCAGGUCAAGAGCACUGGCAUUGAUGCUCAGCAGUCGAGCAAGUGCGGCGGAAGCCCCACAGCAGGCACUCCUCCUACAAGUGUUGCUUCGGGAGCUGAGGAGCAGAGCCAAGCCCUGCAAGAAGCCGCGGCAGCGAAGGCUGAAGCUGCAAACCUCAAGGCUGAACUGCUGGCAAAGGAAAAAGAGCUGCAGAGCGCAUUCGCAGCAGCAGAGCAGGCCCUGGCAGAAGCAAAUGGCAGGGCAACGAGCGCCACGAAGGAUGCCGAGGAGUGGGCGAGGGAGGCCGAGGACAGACGCAUGCAGCUGUCAGUCCUCAUGGAGACCAUGGAGACUCUGCAGACCGGAUCCUUAGGUGACAAGGAACAGCGGAUCGUCGCCUUGACGGCGAAGUUCGCGGCCGCCCGUCUGAAGGAGGCUGCGGCGGUGCGCCGCGUAGAUGACCUGACCAAGGAGGCGGCAGCUCGGGAGGAAGCUGCCGCGCAGCUGCACGUCCGGCUGGAAGCCGCCGAACGCCAGCUGGUUCAGCUGCACGCUGACCUGGACGCCGCGGACCGGCACACCGCGCAGCUCACCGCAGAUCUUGACGCUGCAAGCAUCUGCAGGGACGCUGCAGUGCAGGAUGCUGCAGCGGCACAGGCGCAGCUGCUGCUGCAGGAAGAGGUGGCGAGGGCCGCAGCGGCUGAGGCCGAGCAGCGAGUGGUCCAGUCACAGGAGGCGCUGUCUGCUGCGGAGGCAGAGCUGCUUAGGACCCGAGAGGAGGCUGACAGGACUCUGCAGCAUGACCGGGAGACCUUGCAAGCAGAGUCAUAUGCCAGAUGUGCUGCGCUGGCUGAGGAGCUGCAGGCCACCAGGGCCAGCCACAGGGAGGCUGUGCAAAAUGCUCAGGCGGAGCUGGCUGCCUCCCAACAGGCUGCCGCUGCCGCCCUCGCCUCCCGCCCUCUCCCUGAGGACCUCGAGAAGGCAAGUGAAGCUGCACUGGAGCGGGCACAGGAGAAGGAAGCUGCCGCGCAGGCAGCCGGGGCGAAGGCAACGUGCGCGCAGCAGCAGGCGGAACAGCUGGCGGCUGAGGUGGACGUGCUGAGCGCUGAGGUGGCAGAGCUCCGGGCGGAUGCUGAGACCCGCGGCGCUGCUGUGGAGGGCCUGCAUGCCACACUGGAACGCAUCGAGCGCGCGACCGCCGAGCAGAUUGGCCCUGUGCGGCGAGCAGGGCAAGUGCGCUGGUCAGCUGAUGGUGCCUGGGACUCCCGGGCCGGGACAGACGGCCGGCGCGCAAGCGCGGAGGACGUGUCGUUGGCGUCCCUUUCCAAGGAGCUUGUGCACGCGCGCAUGUCUGAAGCAAACAUGCAGCGCAAGCUCCGGGUGGCGGCCAGAGCAGAGGAGAUGCUGCGCGAGCGCCUCUCACAGCGCGACCAGCGCAUAACAGAUUUGAAGUCCGCCGUGGCCGCUGCUGAGGCUGAAGCGGCUGAUGCCAGACGAGGCCUCGCUUGCACUUUUGUCGCAGACAAGCCUCAGGCAGCCACUCAGACUGAAGCGCACCUUCUCACUGCCAGAAGCUUUGAAUCAGAGACAGCUACAGCGGGGGAACCCACGAUCUCUGCCCCCACAGCAGAGGCCCUUGCAGCGACAGCCUCUGGGGAGCCAGAUGUCAGCAGCCCAGGACAGGUCGCUGAGCAGUGCACCCAUGAUGCGGGGAAUCCCUCUUCAGCCGUUGACAGUGGGAGGCUCCCAGCAGGGAUCUCAGGCAGCCUGGCUGAGACCCCCCUUCUGGCAUUGCCGGCCCCAGAGGCAAGCAUACACAGGGAAGCCGAUCCUGCCGGAGGCCCUGCAGCCCAGGGGCCUGACUCACCUAGGGAGCGCAGCAGCCAGAGUACAGCGCUGGUGCUGCGUGAGAGCAACGACGGCGGCAGUCCGCAGCGGGGGGCGGCUGAGGCGCUCGCGGACGCGCGGCUGGAGAUGGCGCGGCGGAACGCGGAGAUUGCGCACCUGCAAGGCAGCCUGACUCAGCUCGUGGCCGCGCAACAGGCGCAGUUGCACCGUCCCUCCCCGGCCGUCGCCGCAUGCGAGCAGGACAUUACGGAGCUGUCGAGGCAGCUGCGCGAGCUGCAGAGGGAAUGUGCGGCGGCCAGUGUGGCUGCAGCCUCUGUGCUGAACGUUCAAUCAAGGCUUACCGAAGACAGCCCUCCUGCGGAGGGGCAGCUUUCCAUCAGUGAACUGGUCGACCAGCUUGAGAAGAAGGCAGCCGUGAAGAGGCUGGAGUCGGCGGCAAAGGCAGCCGCCGAGGAGCGGGCGAGAGCUGCCGCGCAGCCGCUGGAGUGCAGCCAGCGCGCAGUUGUCCGGGACCUCUCCGUCAAAGUGGCCGCCAUGUCCAAGGAACUCGCGCAGAUCAAGAGCGAGCGUGACGUUGCCCUGGAGCGGUUGCGGACACUACGGGCAUCUCUGGGCUCGUCCCGAAUCCCGGGCGACACAGUCUCAGCCGAGGCAGCGGCCACGCCACUCGCCCUGCCUGCAUCAACUGGUGCCGAAUCUCAACACAGCACAGCCCCUGCUGUAGCGCCCGCAAUUGCUGUGGAGGCGGAGUCCCUCAGCGGGUUGUGCACCAUGCUGGCUCACCAUCUGGACGUCCUAGAGGCAUCACAGCAGCCGCUGAGCGGUGUGCUGCAGAGCUGCGAUGAGGCAUAUGCGGAGGAGGACUCGGCAGGGGCGCUGGGUUUAGCAGUUCAGCAGGCUGUGGGGAAGGUCACGCUUGAGGCAGGAGCCAUGCGAUCCACGCUGCAUGUGCUGUCAGCCUGCCUUCCCCAGCUCCAUGCCAAGCCAGCAAGUGCCGGCAGCCAAGCUGAGCCACCGGCAAAGGAGAGCGCAGCGGUGCUGGACUCGAGAGCAGCAGGGCAGGAUCCAAAGUCCAGGGAGGAGAGUACUAGCGCGGCCGCUGCUGCGGCGGCAGCGGCGGUGGCAGAGCUAAAGGCGAAGGCGCAGAAGUGGAAAAUGCGCUGCCAGGAGCUGAAACGCGAAAUGGCCGUCGCCGCGGCCGCGGCGGCCGCGCGCGAGGCGGCAGUCUCUGAGCGGCUGGCCGCAGCCGAGUCAGCCGCUCUGCAGCAGGCGGCCGCAGCUGCGCCCAGCAGGGGAGACCGGCCGGCGGAGGCGGGCCGCUCCAUCUCUGUUCAGGCCCGGGGGGCUCAGGCCGAAGCGCGGGCAGCCGCAGCGCGAGCAGCCGAGGCCGAAGCGCGUCUGGAGGCCGCGCAGAAACAGCUGCACACCGUGCGCGGCGGCGCCUCCGCCGCACAGAGAGCCCUGCAGGAGGAGAUCCAGUCCCUCAAGGCAUGCCUGGCGCAGGAGAAGGCCGGCCGAGCGCGUAUUGUCGAGUCGCUGCGGAGCACCAUUGAUGGCCUGCGAGCCGCCGGCGAUGUCGAGGGCCGGCUCAAGGCGGAGCUCGUCAGUGCGCAGGAGCAGCUGGCAUCUGUGCGCGCAUCUUUGGAGGCCGCCGAAGAGCGCUCGGGCGGCCGGCGCAAAGAAGUUCAGAGCCUCCGGGAGGAGCUGGAUCGCGCGCAGACCGAGCUACGCCGGCGUGGCGCUGAUGCAGAGCUGCAGGAGCACGACGCGACUCUGCGCCUGUCCGACGCGCAGCAGCGCCUGGCCCUGCUUGAGUCCAAAUUGGUUGCAGCAGACACGCAGCAGAGUGAGGUGAAGGCCGCGAUGACAGCUGCGCUGGACUCAGUAGACGGCCUGCAGCCGUCUGACAGGCUUGUGGAGGACGUGCGCAGUCUGCACAAGGCUCUGAAGGCAGCAAACGACCGCUGCCGGCUGCUGGAAAGGCAGGCGACAAGCUUGGCGGAGUCCGGCGAGGAGGACAGGGGCGCGCUGCGCUGGGAGGGCUUCGUCAGGGCACGCCGCUACAGGGAAGCCGUGCAGCAACUGCGCGAGGAUCUUCGUGCAGCCAUCGCAGAGAGGGAAGCUGCGGUGGAGGAGGCCGGGAGGGAGCACACACGCGCAGACGCCAUGCGUGCCGAGGCGAAGGCGCAGAGCCGGCGGCUGGAAGAGGCACGGCGGGCGGCCGAGGAGGAGCGGCAGCGGAGUGCGCAGCAGCACCGGGGGGCCCUCGCCGACAUGGCGGCGCGCAUGGAGGCCGAGCGUGCGGCACUGCGGCAGGAGGCGGCCGCUGCGGCGGCCUCCGCGGCGGCCGCUGCCGAGGACCGCAGCCGCGCGGCGGCCGCCGCGCAGCUUCAGGACGCGCAGGCCCGCGAGCAAGCGAGCGUCCUGGCGGCGCGCGCCGAUUGCGCGCGAGCCGCCCGCGAGCUCGAGUGCCUGCGGCAGCAGUUUCGGGCGUACCAGGCUGUCAAGGCGGGCGAGGUCGCCGGCCUUGAGGCGCGGCUCCGCGUUGCGCUGUCCCAGCCGCCCGCUGCCGGCCGGCCCUGGAAGGCCGCGGCGGCCGCGGACGCCGGCCGGCCGACACAUGGCGGCUCCAGGCCGCAGGCGUCCUCAUCCAGCACGAGGCGUGCCACUGCUCCUGCAAAUGACACUAGGCCGUCGGAGGGGUUGCAGCAGGCAUGUGGCGCAGCAGCGGAGGUGGCGGACGCAGUGCAGCGGGAGGCGGUGGCGGCGGCCGAGCGGGAGGCGGAUCUGGAGCGGCUGCAGCGGCAGGCGGCCGAGGCGGCGGCCGCUGAGGCAAGGGAAACCGCGGAAAAGCUGCGCGAGAAGCUGCAGGCGUGCCAGCGAGAGCUGCGCUCUGUGCAGGACCGCCUAGCUGCUGCGACGGCCGAACGGCGGCAGCAGCCCGCAGCCAACUUCCUUCGGCUCCAAGGGGAGCUGGCAAACGCGCAAGAAGCGCUCAAGGCGGCGCGGUCCGAGAGCACAAGGCGGCUGCGUGAGCUGCAGUCCCUGCAGGGCGCUGCAUCAGGGGCUCCUCUGGGAAACGCUGCAGCGCUGGCCACAGAGACUGCUGCGCGAGAGGCGGCCGAGGCAAAGCUGCGGGAAGUCAAGGCCGCGCUGCUGCGCAAGAAGCAGCUCGUGACCGACCUGCGCAAGCGGGUUGACGAGCUGUCGGAGCAGCUGGUCAAAGCGCAGGCCCAGAACAGUGCGCAGAACCUGCAGGGCAUAGAGACCAAGGCCCGCUCCGCCCAGGCCGCAUGCGCUCGCAAGGACGAAAUGCUGCGGGAGCUGAGGGACCGGAUGGAACACCUCAUGCACGGUGCGGCCGCGCGCGCGGCCGAGGCUGACGUGGCAGAUGACGGCUCCGAGCUGACGCGGUUGCGCAAUGAGCUGGGGCGGCUGCGCACUGAGCUGGCACGCAAGGAUGCUGAGCUGGCGCGGCUGCAGAGCGCCCAAGCCGAUUUGGAGCAGGCCCAACAGGAGGCUGCGACUGCCGGCAUAGGGGCUGACCCUGCGGGCGAAGACCAAGCAGCCAAGCGGCAGGCUGCUCUGACGGCGUGCGGCCUUGGCUUGCUACGAUCCCUGGAACGCGCCCUAGACCUGUCACAGCUCUGCUCCAAAGCCAUGUCAGACGCUGCCGAGCGCCUUUCCUCCAAUGGCGGACAGUCGGCCAAUGCCGACACCAUUGCAGCUCUGGUGGAUCUGAGCGCCAGUGAAGUGCGGGAACUGCUGGGCGAGGAGAGAGGCUGCACCAUGGCUGAGCUUGGCCAGGAAGUGGCGGCCGUGUUGUCAUGCUGCGAAGCAAUAUUGCUCCCAGAGAGCAACGGUGGAGCAGAGACUCAGGCAGCUGGUGGCAACGGGAGGAUGAGGAAUCAGGCGGUGCAGAAAAGCCUGUGUGCUCUGUUAGAUGCUGCUGAGGCUGAGAUACACAGGUGA